UCAGACAAUAAUUUAAGCAGCAUCAGCAGAAGAAGAAGAAUUUGCACGUGUACGCCUUGGAGCAGUUGGUUUAAUAGUUUAAGACAUCAGGCACUUUUCGUGAAUUACGAACAUAGAUCCAUUUCGCUGUAAUGCAGAGGGAGGACAAAACCAGCCUGCUGCUCUCCUUCCACACUGAGCCCAAACAAGAGUCACUGGAUUCUGAUUGUGAAGCUCAGUGGGGAUUGAGGGAUUCAGAGAUGACAUCAGUAAAGCUGGAGGAAAAAAGUCAAAAACUGGUGCUGAAUUUUACCAUUAAAGAUGAAGAGGAGAAGAAGAAUGUGGUUAUCAUUAAUAAUGGAGAGGGAGAUUUACUCACUCAAGAUGGGAUUCCUGAAGUGGAGACACUUGGAGAGAAACAACAGGAAGACUACAAUCAUAAGAAGUCUCACCACUGUCCCCACUGUGAAAAACAUUUCUCAUUUCUAUCACUGUUAAAAAAACACAUUAAGAUCCAUACUGGAGAGAAGCCUUACUCCUGUUCUGACUGUGGGAAGUGUUUCUCUCAAUUAGGUCACCUUAAAACUCACCAGCGCAUGCAUACUGGUGAUAAUCUUUACUCCUGUUCUGACUGUGGGAAGAGUUUCUCUCAAUUAAGUGACCUUAAAGUUCACCAGCGCAUACAUAGUGGUGAUAAGCCUUACUCCUGUUCUGACUGUGGGAAGGGUUUUUCUCGAUUAGGUCACCUCAAAGUUCACCAGCGCAUACAUACUGGUGAUAAGCCUUACUCCUGUUCUGACUGUGGGAAGUGUUUCUCUCGAUUAGGUCACCUUAAAACUCACCAGCGCAUGCAUACAGGUGAUAUGCUUUACUCCUGUUCUGACUGUGGGAAGUGUUUUAUCUCAUCAUCUGGACUUACUAAACAUCAGAGAGUUCAUACUGGUGAUAAGCCUUACUCCUGUUCUGACUGUGGGAAUUGUUUUAUCUCAUCAUCUGGACUUACUAAACAUCAGAGAGUGCAUACUGGUGAGAAGCCUUACUUCUGUUCUGACUGUGGGAAUUGUUUUAUCUCAUCAUCUGUACUUAGUAGACAUCAGAGUGUGCAUACUGGCGAUAAGCCUUACUCCUGUUCUGACUGUGGGAAGGGUUUCUCUCGAUUAGGUGACCUUAAAGUUCACCAGCGCAGACAUACUGGUGAGAAGCCUUACUCCUGUUCUGACUGUGGGAAGUGUUUUAUCUCAUCAUCUGAACUUACUAAACAUCAGAGAGUGCAUAGUGGUGAGAAGCCUUACUUCUGUUCUGACUGUGGGAAGUGUUUUACGAGAUCAUUUACACUUACUAGACAUCAGCGAGUGCACACAGCUGAGAAACCUUUGAGUGAAAUAAGUAUUCUACCCCUCCACAAAACAUGA